AUGGCUGCCGAUAAGAAACAAGAGAAAGUAGAAGGUAGCGCCACGCCCGAGUGUCCCGGCAGUGAGAGCAGCGAUAUCCCACUAUCAGACGAUGCAAUAAAGGAAACUCUGUCUGGCCUCAGUUUUAUUAGACCGUUGUUUUCGGAAGCUGUAGUCGGUUACAUAUUUUGGACUGUGCUACAUGCACUUAUCCCUGCACUAUGGUUCUUUCCAAGAGACAAAUACCCUGGCUGUGAAGCUGUGGUUGCCGUCUGGAUCUUAACGCCACUGCUUUGCAGCAUCGGACCAUUGUUUAGAUUCUUACAAACAAAAUAUGGAUUGUUUUUAUUACGACUUGGACUUGUAUGCAGCUUAGCAUCGUUUCAAUGCUCUGAUAUCGUAUUAAGACUUGUUGUCCUCACUGCGGGUAACAUGUGUGCAGUUUUAUUAUUAUGUGCAUCCUGGUUCAGUACAUCAGCCUAUCAAAGGAGUGUGUCAUUCUGGGGUUUUAUGUUAGGAUAUAUGGCAUUAUUAUCAAGUCGUAUCUGGUAUGUAUCAUUAACACCUGCAUGGGCGGACCAUACUAGUAAUACAGUUAUUAUAUCUCUUGGUAUUAUUGCAAUAAUAGACAGGUUGUCUGCUU